AUGGGGUUUAAUUCCAUGGAUCCUCCGGUUUAUAAGGCGGCAGCAUCAGGUGAUCUUCGUUUUCUCAAAGAAGUUAGAGAUGGAGACAGAUCAGUUGAUAUUCUCUUUCAGAAGACCCCUAAAAACAACAACGUUCUUCACAUAGCUGCUCAGUUCAAGCAAAUACAGUUCUUCGAGGAAUUCCCAAAUCAGAUCCAAUCUCCGUUGUUUUGGGCCACCAACACCAAGGGUGACACUCCCAUGCACAUUGCUGCUAGGGUUGGUUGUGUUAAACUAAUUGAGUUCCUCAUCGAUCACGCGAGAAAGUCACAAACUAAUGCAGCAGAUGUGGAGACCGGACCAGCCGAUGCUGAAGCUCAUAACGAGUUACUUCGAAUGGCUAAUUCGGAAAGAGAUACAGCUUUGCAUGUUGCUGUUAGAUGCGGGCACCAUGAUGUUGUGAUUCUGUUAAUGGAUGCUGAUCCUGAAUUGUGCUGUUAUACCAAUAACGCCAACGAAUCUCCUUUGUUCUUAGCUGUCUGCAAGGGGUUUCCAAAAAUUGGUUCUUGUAUCUUGGACAAGUCUCCAGCAUCUCUUUCUUUCGAGGGGGUUAAAGGUGUCACAGCUUUGCAUGCAGCAGUAACCCGCAAUUCAACCUGCAAAGACAUCGUGAAGAUGAUGGUGACCAAAAAUCCUGAAAUAAUCAAAGAAGUUGAUGAACUUGGUUGGACUCCCUUACACUAUGCAGCAUUCAGAGGGAAUGUAUCAGCAAUUAGAUCGCUGAUAAAACGUGACAGUUCUGUAGCUUACAUAUUAGACAAUUGUGGAAUGUCUGCUCUUCAUGUUGCUGCGUACGGAGGCCGCAUAGAAGUAAUGAAAGAGUUGAUUCAAUUGCGGCCUGAUACUUGUGAUCUGCUCAACCACAAAGGCCAAACGGCUGACUUGUAA